AGCGUACGCCUUCGCACUUCACAUGCGCCAUUUGCCGUGCUCUAUUGCUGGCAGCACUUGAUGGGCUUUUCCACAUUCAUGUCCUCGCCACUCGAUCUAACGCAUGACCCUGAAUAUGAUCAUGAUUCGUCAAACUCACCCUUUCACGAGCCGUUAGUGGCCGGAGAUCUUAUGGCUCUACGAUAAUGCUUUAGGAUGCAAAAGCACAGGAGAAGAACGAGGGGUAGAGAUAAGAAGUUACCCUUCUCCUUCACCUCUUCAACAGGGUGUUAUUGUUCGCUUGGUACGCAAUGAUGGACUUCUUAAGCUAUUCAGAAUGGCAGCGACUUGAACACUUUCACCUGAAUAUCGCACUGAUCGGUGUGGCAUUUCUUGCCCUCGUGACGAUACUGGCAUGUCUCGUGUACAAGCUUGGCGCGCAAUUGUCCCUCAAAAACAUCAAGACUCAUCCCUAUGUUCGAUUUGCUUAUGUCUGUCUGAUCAAACCCCAUGACGGAAAGGCUGAAGCAGGGCAACAGUCGGCCCUUGAGAGCUUCUAUGCCGCUCAGGCGAAUGUCUACGAUGCGACAAGACGACGUCUAUUGCGAGGAAGAGAGGAUAUGCUUUCGAUACUGGCUGCCAAAUUGCAAGCUCGAAUCAUCGUCGACAAAGCUCAAAAGCCGGUCUGGUAUGACAUUGGUGGGGGAACGGGCUACAACAUCGAGGCUAUGGACAAGCUCGUGGGUGUUGAAGGCUUCUUUGAGCAUGUGUUCUUGGUCGACUUAUCCCCCUCAUUAUGCGACGUUGCCCGUGAACGAGUCCGUAAGAACGGAUGGAAGAACGUCACUGUUCUCUGCCAAGAUGCACGCACCAUUGCAUGCACUGCGUCAACCGCCGAUCUAAUUACAAUGAGCUACAGCUUGUCGAUGAUUCCGGAUUUUUACAGCGUCGUGGACCUGAUGUCGGGGUUUCUUGCACCACGCGGCAUUGUUGGCAUCGUCGAUUUUUACGUACAGAGCAUCGUGGAUGUGUCGUCACGGAAUUACAUUGGCGGUACUUUCAAUAGACAUGUGAAUUGGGUGGGAAGAAUGUUUUGGCGAACAUGGUUCGAUGCUGACCGCGUGAAUUUGGACGGUGGUCGAAGGGAUUAUGUCGAGUACAGGUUCGGUACAAUCCUCUCUGCUAGUGAGAGGAAUUACAUGCUAGGAGGGAUCCCCUACUACAUUUUCAUCGGUUGCAGACGAGACGCCGACACCCUGGGCGAGCAUGGCAGCGACAUCUUGGAGAGACUCGAUGCGGCACUGACCGAAUCUCCAUACCUUUCACCUCUCGAAUUCCGGAAACAACAGGCCAUCGAAGCACAACAGAGCGUCCCUCGGUCAAAAUCCUACGAAUCCGCCAUAGUCAACUUGAGCUCCAAUCUCCCUCUUCCGGCUGCAUUUUACCAACAACACCACUGGCGCAUCUACUACAACGACCUCCUUCAGAAGCAUCAGCAGUUCGGCAGUGAAUAUAUCUACGCCUUUAACUGGGAAGAUCCUAAAGUCGACCGCCAGCUCCUCAACAUCAAGAAAGACGACGUCAUCCUCACCAUUACCAGUGCCGGUGACAAUAUUCUGGACUAUCUGCUGGAACGACCUAGGCGCAUUCAUGCGGUGGAUCUGAACCCGUGCCAAAACCAUCUCCUCGAACUCAAAGUUGCAGCGUUCACGGCUUUGCCUUACGCAGAUGUAUGGAAGUUAUUCGCCGAGGGUCAACAUCCCGACUUCCGCAACCUUCUUCUACAAAAGCUCAGCCCUCACAUGUCCAGCCAAGCUUUCCAAUACUGGCUCAACCGCGCCUCCAUUUUCUCCACACCAGGUGGCUUGUAUGAGAGUGGCGGCUCACGCCACGCCAUCAAACUCGUGCGAAGACUUACCAAGGUGUUUGGGCUAACAUCCAAAGUAAGCACGAUAUGCAAAGUCGAGACGCUCAAUGAGCAACGCGAGAUCUGGCCUUCUAUCCGGAACGUGCUGCUCAGUUGGCCACUGCACAAGGCCGUGGUCUCGACCGAGUGGUGGGCGUGGAAAGCCGCCGGUGUCCCGCCAGCACAGCAUGCGUUGAUCUUGAAUGAUUUCGCGCAACGUGCCCAAACGACCAAGAGCAAGAAGAUCUGCGGGGAGGCGGUCUGGAAGUACGUGGUUGACACGUUAGAUCCGGUUGUCGAGACGACACAGUUGAGUACAGACAAUUACUUUUAUUACCUGUGUCUACAGGGCAAGUACUCGAGAAAGUGUCAUCCACGAUAUCUGGGCGUAAAAGCCCACGCACAGCUCUCGAGACCGGACAUGUUUGAUGGACUACGUAUUCACACCGACGAAAUCAUGGAGGUCAUUGCCAGAAUCAGUCCCUCGACUCUGACGAUUGCAAUUCUGAUGGACUCGAUGGACUGGUUCAACCCCGAGGAGACCGCCGCUCGGGAACAGAUCAUGGCACUCAACAGGGUCUUGAAAGUCGGCGGACGAGUACUUUUCCGCUCGGCGGCCCUGCGACCAUGGUACGCCGACAUUUUUGAACAGAAUGCAUUCGAGGUCAAGUGCGUUGGUCGACGAGACUCAGGAAAGUGUAUUGAUCGCGUCAAUAUGUACGCCUCGGCGUUUAUCUGUACCAAGAAGCACGACCUCUCAUCCAGUCCGGCGGAAGUUGGUCCUGCCGCUUCGUUGGAGGAAUUAUCGAUAUGA